AUGAUAAGAAGCACGUAUUUGAGGUACACAUAUAAAUAUAGAAAUAUUAAAAAUGUAAAAGAAAAUUUUGGUGAUAUAUAUUAUUCCUUUGGUAAGAAUAAUUAUACCCGUGUAGAAAAGAAAAAAUAUGAUGUGAAUUGUUGUAAAAAUAUUGAAGAUAUUAAGGAUGAAAAGGAUUUAGAAUAUUUUUUUUAUAACUAUGACAAAACAAAUAUAGACGAUAUAUUCAAUGAUUAUAAAUAUUUAAUUAAUUGUAAGAAUCAUCAGAAAGAAUGUUCAAGGAAGGAGAUGUUCGAAAAAGCUUAUAUAAUAAAAUAUAUAUCAAAUAACGUUCAGCUUUUUCAUUUUAUAAAAUCUAAAAAUAUAUUCCAUGAAAAUAAACCACCUCUACAAGGUGAUAAUAAUAAUAAUAAUAAUUUUAAAAAUUUUGCUAAUUUUAAUAAUAAUCAUUAUAAUAUCUGGAACCAGACGAAUAGAUAUUGUGGUGAUCAAAAAUAUGGACAACAAAAUAUAUAUUACAUACAUAAUAUUGAAAAGGCGAAAAUAAAUAAAGAAGAGAUACUUAAAAAUAAAGAUAAAAAUAAAUGCUUACAAUAUGUUUUUGAUAAUGAUGUAUAUAAAUUUAUUACGCAUAUAAAAAAAUGUGAUAUAUGGAAUUAUAAAGAUAAAAUUGUUCAUAAAAAUUAUAUCCAUUAUCAUAUAUUUUUUCCAAUUACUUAUAUGGAUAUAGAAAAAAGAGAAAAUUGUAAAAUGAAUACACAAAAUAUUUCUUAUUAUAUUAAUAGUAAUAUAUUUCUUCAUGAUGUCCAUAGAUAUAAUAAAGAUAUAUUUAUAGAUGUAAUAAAAAAAAUGAAUUACAAGUUAUUAAAUUCUCAAGAUAUUAAAAAUUUAUUAAUUAUAUUAACUUUAUUACAUCACAAUAAUAUAUCCUUUUCUACAGAAAAAAAUAAUAUCAUAAAAAAUAAUAAUCAUGAUAAUACAAAUAACAAAAUUAUUUAUAAAAAUAAAGAAUAUAUAAAUAAAAGAAUAUUUAUGGACAUGUUUACAAAUAUUUACAAAACUAUCUGUUCAAAAAGAAAUAAUAUAUCUUUUAUAUAUUUAUAUGAUUAUCUUUUAAUAAUGACCCUUAAUGAAAUUAAGAAUAAGGAGUACUAUAUAAGUAUAGUGGAAACAUUGUCGAAUUAUAUGAACCUCAUAAAUAAAAUUACAAACAAUAAUAAUAAUAAUAAUAAUAAUAAUGAUAAUAAUAUUGGGGAUAAUCAUAACAAUGAAAAUAUUAUUUAUAAUAAUAACAAUGAAAAUAUUAUUUAUAAUAAUAAUUGUGAUAGUGUCCUAGGGAGCAAUUCAUAUAACUUCUAUCAUAAUCAUGAAAAUAAUACAAAACAAACAUAUAACAAGAUGAAUGAACAGAAUAAAAAUUAUCCACAAACAGAAAUCAAUCUUGAUCACGUAAUUACAAAUUCGUUAAAUGAAUCACACACAUGUAAUAUUGAAAAUAUUAAAAGAGAUCAAAAUGAUAAUCAUAAUAAUUUUAUUAAUCCAGAUAAUAUAUACGAUGAUGAUGAUGUUAAUAGAAAUUUUUAUGAUAUUUCAAAAAAUGAUUAUUUAAAAAACGGAGAAGUAACAAUUAAUAAUAAUGCUUCCAUUAUAAACAAUAUAAUAGAUUAUGAAAAUAAAAGUAUUCAACUUAGUAAGAGAAAUUAUAUUUAUUUACAAAAGAAAUUAUAUACAAUUAAAAAUAUACUAAUAUCAAAAAUAUUGUUAAUAUAUAUUAUGAAAUAUAUAUUUGGUCAUAUAGAUAAUAAUAUAUUAUAUGCACACUCUGAUUUAAUAUGUGAAAAUUUAGAAUUAAUUCCUCCUUUACUAGUUACAAAUUUUAUAUUUACCAUUGGAACUUGUAAAUAUAUUGAUGAAUUUUGUAUGUUUAUGCUAGCCAAAUAUGUUCAAAAUAAUAUUCAAAAGUAUACAUGUAAUGAAAUUAGUAUUAUCGUAAAUACAUAUGCUGAUGCUUCAUUAGAAGAUGUAAGCUUUUAUGAAACCAUUUGUGAUUAUAUGAAAUGGCAUUUUAAUAAAUUUUCAUCUAUCGAUAUUAUUAAAAUUAUUUAUGCAUUCUCAAAAGUAAGAAUACGUGAUAUUGAAUUAUUAAAAAUGUCUUAUGAAAAAAUUAACCAUUAUUUAAUUGAAAGAGAAAAAAAAUUUAAUAUUACUGCACAACUGAAAAUUAUCGAUUUUAAAAAAAAAAAGGAAAACAGAAGGUAUAUACAAUCACAAAAUUAUUUAAAAGUAAGCAAAAAUGUUAAUAAUGAACAAAAUUAUUAUCAUAACAAUGAACAAAAUUAUUAUCAUAACAAUGAACAAAAUUAUUAUCAUAACAAUGCACAAAAUUAUUAUCAUAAUAAUAUGUGUAAUAACAAUACAAAUAUAUUAAAAAAUAAAGAGAAUAUUAAAAAAAAUAAUUAUAUAAUUAACAAAUAUCUAUGUGCAUAUGCUUUAAUUGCAGCAGGGAAAUUAGAUUAUGUUGAAAAUGUUGAUAAAUUAUUUGUACAUUUAAAAGAAAGUAUAAUAAAUGAUGGUAUUGAUAUAAGAGGAAUUUUAUGGAUGCCUAUAGCAAUUACAAGCUUUUUAAGUUCCCAAUGUAUAUUUAAUUUCUUACCAAUAUAUAUCAAUUUAAUAAGUCAAGCUUUUAAAAAAACACAAUCACCGAAAUUACUCUCUUUAUUAAUAAGAAGACAUAAUAUAUUAUUACAUACUAUCCAAACAGAUAUUAUACCUAAAAAAUAUAUAGAUCAAAGAACGUUAAAUAAUCUUUAUCAUAUAUGUAAAAGUAAAAAAGAUAAUUCAAAAGAAAAACUAUUUGUUCCAGAUAGCUCAACAUUCCACAUUGAAGUUUCCAAUGCAUUGUUAUCAUUAGACAUACCACACCAAAAAGAAGUUAAUAUUUAUCCAUUUACAAUUGAUAUAUAUAUUCAAACAUCACAAAAUGUAAGUGAACAACAACUCAAAAAGGAUAAUUCUUAUGGAGAAUAUCAUUUAAAUCAACAUAAUCUGCACACCAAACUUAACAAAACUAAUACAUUCAGCUAUGAACACGAUACCAAUUUUGAGCAAACAUUUGAAAACAAAAAGGUCAAACAUAAAUCUAAGAAUAAAAAUGAAGUAUAUACGGAAAUUCCCUUUAUGUAA